GCAUCACACGACACACAGUGUGACAGAGUGAAGUUCUCCCCCCUUCACUCACUCACCCUCCCCUCCUCUCUCUCUCUCUCUCUCUACAUUAUUUUUAAUAAUUAUUAUAAGGAGUAUUAUUAUUAUUAUUCAGAUUCACACAAUAUCAUCAAUAACCACGAGUUUUGUUUACCCUACAAAGAAAAAUAACCAGCUGAGUCUUUGUGCACCACCACCGCCCUUCCUUUUCUUCCUGCUGCUAGCCCUACACACGGAGAGAGAGAGGCCCUUCCGAGAGAGAGAGAGGGACAGAGAGUACUGUAUCUUUUCUGUAUGUGUGAGAGGAUAUAAUGCAUGUCUGGAGAAAGAGAGAGAUAAAACAAGAAUUUUGCAAGGGAAAUCUGAGGCAGGGUUUUGGCAGACCCAGUAAUUGGAGAAAAAAACACUUAACAUUAUAAACUACUGACCCACUACACUCCUCCACUAUCACUCUCACUCUCACUCACUACUUAGGAUUUUCCUGUUAAAGCCUGCUCAAAGUAUCGUAGCAUAAAACCCGGGAGAGCCCUCGCUUCCGUUGGAGGAGAGAGAUCGAUCAGGAUUAGAUCCACACACAUAUUUAUAUGUAUAACAUUAUUACGUAGGAGAGAGAAAAAAAAAAGAAAAACCUUAACCUAGGGAGAGAAGUGAUUUGUAGCAAAGCCAAGUGAACAAAACAAAACAACGAGUAAAAGAGGACUAGGUAAGAAAGUUAAUUUGUGAAGGAUAAGAUAUACCAAGAGAUCUAGAGAGAGAGAGAGAGAGAGAGAGAGAGAGAAUGGAAGGUGGUGGUGCCAAUGGCACCUGUAGUAUGAUGGCCUUUGGAGAAAACAGCAGUAAUGGAGGAGGAAUGUGUCCAAGGAUGAUGAUGCCUCUAAUGACUUCCUCACAUCAUGCUCAUCACUCUCAUCAUCACCUUCAUCAACAUCAUAUGAAUCUUAAUCCUAAUGCAGACACGCAUGAUACUAGUACGACUCAUCAGUUUCGCCAGCUUCCCCAGCUUCCCCAGCUGCCUCCGUCCAACAACCAUCACGACCACCAAAACCCCCAUAACACUAGUGGCGGCUCCUCCUUCCUUCUCCACAACCCAGCUGCAGCUGCCGCCUCCUAUUUCAUGGACAACAACAACAAUGAUGGUGUUGGCGGCAGCUCUUCUUCUUCGCCUUCAACUGUCAAGGCUAAGAUCAUGGCUCAUCCUCACUAUCACCGUCUCUUGGCCUCCUAUAUCAACUGUCAAAAGGUUGGUGCGCCGCCUGAAGUGGUGGCGAGACUGGAAGAAGCGUGCGCAUCGGCGGCGACUGUAGGUCAAAUGGUGAGUAGUAGUAGUGAAUCAGGAUCUCUCGGUGAAGAUCCAGCUCUGGAUCAGUUCAUGGAGGCCUAUUGCGAGAUGCUUACCAAGUAUGAGCAAGAAAUCUCUAAACCCUUCAAGGAAGCCAUGAUCUUCCUCCAAAGAAUCGAGUCCCAAUUCAAAGCGCUCACUCUUUCUUGUUCUUCUGAUUCUGCAGUUUUUAUGCCAUUAGGUUAUGGCGAUGGAAUUGAUAGGAACCAUGUAUCAUCUGAGGAAGAGGUUGAUGUUAAUAACAACUUCAUAGAUCCCCAAGCGGAAGACAGGGAGCUUAAAGGGCAGCUAUUGCGCAAGUACAGUGGAUAUUUGGGUAGUUUGAAGCAGGAGUUCAUGAAGAAACGGAAGAAAGGGAAGCUGCCUAAAGAAGCCAGGCAACAGUUGCUAGAUUGGUGGAGUCGACAUUACAAAUGGCCUUAUCCAUCGGAAUCACAGAAACUAGCUCUUGCAGAAUCAACAGGGCUGGACCAGAAGCAGAUAAACAACUGGUUCAUCAACCAAAGGAAGCGACAUUGGAAGCCGUCAGAGGAUAUGCAGUUUGUGGUGAUGGAUGCUAGCCACCAAGGCCACUAUUACAUGGACAGUGUCAUGGGAAAUCCAUUUCCCAUGGAUAUCUCUCCCACAUUGCUCUGAAUUAAGAUGACAAGCAAUUAGUAUGCUGCUAAUUAUAUAUAUUUAAAUGUGUUAUUGAGGAAUGCCGAUGCAUUUCCUAACAACUAACUAUUAAUUCCUUUUGACUAUGGAUUGUGAUUAAUGUCACACAAUCAUGCAUGUGUACGUACGUGCUACUAUGUAUGUCGUAUAAAAUCUCACUUAAUUUAAUGAGUAAAUUGUAGCAAUGAUCUUUCAAUUUU